UCAACUUUUUUCAUGGCUUAAAAUAAGGAUGCACAACCUCACUCGUGCGGCCUACCACUUUGACCAAAUCUAGAAACAAGACUCUGCUCUAUCUAAAGACCCCGCAAGUAGAUAUCAUUCUAACAAGAAGUUGAUAACUAAAGUUUCAGUAAAGACACGAGUGCACGUCUGUUGGUCAAAACGUAAGUGUAAGCAAGGUCAUCAGGCUCAGAGCAUUUUUGUCACUGAAUGCUUACUAGCUUCACCUUCACAAUUUAUAUUAGUAUUGUUUCAUAUAAGAAGCUAGUAAAUUUGGUGCUAUGGAUGCUGUUAGAUUCGAAAAUUCUCUGCUUUCAAGUCCUUUUCCAUCUCCAAAUGUUGCAGCACUGCUGAAAAUCAAAAUCAUAUCAUGGAGCCAAGAGACUGGUUUCCCUGUUUCGCUUUGUGUUCGAGUUGCUGAUAGAACUUUUAACCUCCACAAGUUUCCACUAAUUUCAAAGAGCGGAUACUUUGCAAGGACACUUGGUGAAUCAAAUGAGAUCAAGCUACCCAAAGAUUUUCCAGGAGGAGCAGAGACCUUUGAGAUGAUUUCCCUCUUCAUCUACGGCUCAUCAUCAUUAGUUGAUCCGCUUAAUGUGGCUGCACUAAGAUGUGCAGCAGAGUUUCUUGAAAUGACAGAAGAUUAUUGCUCUGGCAACCUGUGUCAGAGGUUUGAUAUUUAUCUGAACCAAGUUGUCUUACAGAGCUGGGAUGACACUUUGAUUGUUCUCCAAAAAUGUCAGACUUUGCUUCCAUGGGCUGAAGAUCUGCUGAUUGUGAGCCGGUGCAUCGAGUCACUUGCCUUCAUGUCCUGCAUGGAAAUUCUUGAUCCAGAGAGGAGGAGGAACCAACCAGUAGUUACAUUAGAAGCUUUAUCAAGUCGAGCUUGGAGCUGCCAGAAAGUGAAGGACAUUGUGAGACAAGACCUCUGGAUCAAAGAUCUUAUUGCAUUGCCAUUCGGGUUUUUCAAGAGGAUUAUAGGAUCUUUGAGAAGACAAGGCAUGAGGGAAAAAUAUGUCAGUCCUAUUGUUCUUUUCUAUGCAGAUAAAUGGAUCCUAUCAAACAAGACUCGCCAGAGCAGUGAUGACACAAGUAGUAAAGAUUUGACAGUCUUUCGAGGUGUCAUUAGUCUACUUCCCACUGGGGAGAAGGCUAGUAAAUUGAUUCCUGUUGGGUUUUACUUCUCUUUGCUUUCUAAAUCUCUGCAAUUUGGCCGAGCAACUAACAAAAUUCAGGCAAAGUUAUCAGAUCAAAUUGCUUCAAUUUUGCAUGCUGCAUAUCUUGAUGAUUUUCUCUUCCCAGCAUCCGGGAGUGAUUUGAUCUCUUCUAGUACUGAACUGGCCACAAUGGAGAACAUAUUUUCAACAUAUGUGUCAUCAAACAUGGACUCAGACUAUAUCCAUUCGCUAAAUAACUCUGUUGUUGCAGAAUUAUGGGAUGCUUAUCUGAAGAACAUAGCUACUGACCCGAAAAUGAGCUCGAAAAGAAUCAUGGAUCUUGUUGAAACGGUACCAAUGUCAAGCAGGCAAAACCAUGACCAUCUCUACCAUGUACUAGACACCUUUCUGCAGGUGCACAAAGACUUGACACAAGAAGAAAAGGCCAGGGUGUGCAAAGACCUCAAAUGCCAGAAACUAUCACCAGAGGUGUGUAUCCAAGCGGUUCAAAAUGACUUAAUGCCACUUCGCCUAGUCGUGCAGGCACUAUUUGUUCAGCAACUAAACACGCAUGAAGCGUUGAAAGAGUGCUCAGACUCAUUCAGAUACGAACCACAUUCUAAAGAAUUCUCCGGGAGCCUAUCAAGAAGCCAAACUCUAGCAGAAAGCCCCAGUUACGCGAAUGGAGAAACAGGCAGCAGAGGCCUUAACUUAUUUCCGCAGCAAAAAGAUUCAGCAUUGCAGAGGUCUGAGUUGUCACGAAAGGACUACGAGUCCACAAGCUCCCGGAUCCAGAGCUUAGAGCAAGAACUCACUGCCUUGAAGACCAGGCUUGAAAUGCAGAUCAUUUCUAAGGCAAGAAAUUCAAGGAGUUCGAGGUCGCGUAAUUUGGAAUCAGGCCAGAAGAGGAAUCAGAUGAGAAGUUGCACUGGUUCUGUUAACUUUUCAUCUCAAUGGAAGCAUGCUAGCAGGUUACUCAAACUUUUUAAGAGAUUGAGUUUGUUUAGCAGGAGAGCACACAGAAAGGCCAACUCUGAUUUAGGGCCUCAGGCAAUGUAAUUCGUUGAUCAUUGUUUCUGAAAAUAUGAUGCUUUCUAUUCA